ACGAACAAAAAAUCGACACAUUUGUGAUUUAUACACACUAGUGAGCGGACAUCACUAUCAACGUAUACGCAGCGCGCGACGCUCGCAUUGCCUACCCGCGUGAGAGAACGUUCACACCGCAACAUCUGUAAAUAAAUAAAGAUUUUUUUAAGCAAAAUGCUCAGUGCAGUGUAACGGUGUUAGUUGGAUAUCCCGUGAAUUUAAAACUCAGUGAAAAUGUCUAAAACAGUUUUGGCUCGUCAGUGCUUUAUUCCCCGUCCAUCCCGACGGCAAAUCUCGUCGACGUCGGCUCCAAGAACCUCAACGUCACCCCAGCGUCGAAAUGUAGCCGCACCAGCUCUUUCAACCACUUAUAAGAAAUUCAGUGAGAUACCUGGACCCCUGGCUCUGCCCAUCAUGCGACACCAUGCUCACGUUUUACCAAGAAUCGGUUGUUUUCACCAUACGGUAGGCCUCGGUCUGCUGGAAGGACUCCGUGAACGUUAUGGCGACCUAGUGCGCCUAGCCAAGGGCUCGAGGUCUCGUCCUGUGCUUUAUAUAUUCGACCCGGAGUUAAUGCGAGAGGUUUACGAAAGCAAUACUACGGAACCUCCACAAUGGAUACGAUCACCUUUAAGCGAACAAAGGAAGAGUGCGGGGACACAGUGUCCGAGGCAAAGUGACGAAACAAAGGCAAUUUGGGCAGGUAUGAGGACGCUGCUGAAAGAUGGUGCACUUCUUAGAAACUACGAUAGAGCCUUUGAUGAUAUAGCUACUGAUGUAACAAGGAGGCUCGGCGAACUUAGACACGCUGAAAAUGCUCUUAACGAGGAGUUUGGAACAGAGAUAUACCGCUGGGCAAUCGAAACGAUCGGUGUCAUGAUGUUUGGCAUUCGUUUGGGCUGCUUAGAUGGUGCAGUUCAUAUUCCUACCGAGUACAACAGAAAACCAGAAAAAACUUCAAUGGAUGACCACAUUCAAGAUCUCUGUUCCCUCUCCAAACGAUGUCUCACAGAGCUCACUCCAGCAGAACAGUUCGUUAGAUGCUCGCUUGAAAUUGCAAAUGAGAGCUACUUGGUACGAAGUGAAAAUACCUUGAAACCCGAGUCGAAAUCUUUUAACGACGCCUUGAAAGCGAUCGAUAAACAUUUUAGUUUAACGGAUGACUUCCUACUCAAAGCAUUACACGAACUGAACAAUGAAGAGCUAAGGUCAGAACAAGAACUAUUAAAUAAGCUGAGGCCUCUGGAGAGGCGGAUUCUGCCUCUUGCAGCUGACGUAUUUCUAGCUGGAGUUGAUCCUCUCGCUCAAACAGCUGUCAGCAUGUUCUACCAGCUCUCACUGCACGCGGCGCGCCAACAACGAGCUCACGAUGAAGUGGUGUGGGCUAAGGCUUCCAAGGACGAGGGCCUAGAUAUACAAGAGCUACCUUACAUAUCAUCCUGUGCAAAAGAAGCGAUGAGGCUUUAUCCAGCCACAGGUGGAGUUGUUAGAAGAAGCAGAGAGGAACUCCUAGUCGGCGGAUAUGAAGUUCCUGCUGGGGUCGAUAUAGUCCUCGCACAUGGAGUAUCCAGUAAAUUAGAAAAAGAAUGGGGUCGUGCCAAAUCUUUUAUCCCUGACCGCUGGUGCAGCCAGGGUUGGGAGCCUCUCAAAGCGGCCAGAGCUCACCCGGCCGCCUCGAUGCCAUUCGGACAAACCUGUCCAGCAACAGGCAUUGUCAGCAAAAUGCUUUCCACGUUGGCAGCUAGAAUUCUAGACAAAUACAGGCUAGAAUGGCACGGACCUAAUCCAAAUAUAGUUACUAUGGGAGUUAACAAAAUUCAACCGCCUUAUUACUUUGUACUGCAAAAUUCAGCUUAGUUUAUAUAGUUUUAUUAGUUCGACCCAGUGACUGGCGUAAUUGAUUUGCUUUGGUAACUUUAUUUGUAUAAGAGUGAAGAGUAUUCCAUAUAUCAGCCAUAAAAUAAAGUAGCUCUUACACUUUUAAUUGGCAUCAUUGUCUAAUCGUUAAACACUUAAUAAACAGCUCAUUGUAGCUGUUUUGUUAAUUAUACCAUCACUGGCAUGAAUGUAUAAAUAUAAUAUAAAUGUGGACUUACUGAAAAAAUCUAGUGUUAGUAUUGAGUGAAUUAUGUGAUAUAUACCAGAUAAUGUGCGUUUGUUUGUUUUUGUCUACGAUCAUAAUCGUAUAAUAUAUUAUAUUAAUAUUAAAUAAUGAACAAUAAAAUAUAAUCAUUUAAUAUUUAAGU